CCUUUGAAACUCCAUUCCAGACCACAGGACCAGGAGGCUGCAGCCUGGCCUCUGUUUGCACACUUCGCCUGCCACAUCUUGAGAGCAACUUCGCACAAAUCUUAAAGCUGCUCCUGUGGCCCUAAAACCAUUUAAAAAGCUGCUUUACCAAUUUGACAAUGAAGUUCUGGAUAAUUGUUACCCUGAUUGUACUCGGUGAAGUGCUUCAAAAUGCUCUCUGCCAACAAAACAAACGUACUAAAGAAGCAGGGGAAAAUCGAAUCCGACCUGGGAAUAAGAGAAUGAAGCCCAGGGUUCCGAAGGGGAAGGAUAGGGAAUAUGGUUCCUCUGGGAAAUCCCAGUCUAUUAUGACUCGGGUUUUGGACAAAGGACGCUUCCUAAAACUGAGUGGUUCCUAUAUUACCAAUUCAGGGGAGAGUCUUGAGCUGCGCUGUAAAGGAAGUCAGAUUGGAUGGGCUUAUCCUGUUUAUCUGGACACUUUCAAAGACUCCCGUCUGAGUAUUAAACAGCACGACAAGUACAGCCAGUUGCUUCUUUCUGGCACAUCAACUGCAGACACUGGAGAGUUCAGCUGCUGGCCUCUGCUCUGCGAUGGCUCCGAGUGCACCAAGGAUGUGGACAAAACUACCACCACUUACAUCUACUUCACCGAUAAAGAGGAACUGUUUGUCCCAUCAACCAGUUAUUUUGAAAUCAUCUACCUUCGGCCAGAUCGUCCUUCAGUCAUCCCCUGUCGAGUCACCUCUCCUGCAGUCAAGGUGGCUUUACACAUGGAGGUGCCUCCGCAGGAGAUCCCUGUGGACGGAGACCAGAUCUCCUUUGACCCCAAGGAAGGUUUCAUCAUUCACAGGCCUGGCCCUGAACACAGAGGGGUCUUCUACUGUAAGGCAAGCCUGCGGGGAACGCCUCAGGUGUCAGUCAAGUACCAGCUGCUGUAUGUGGAAGUUCCAAGUGGCCCUCCGUCUGUAACAAUCGAAGCGUCUUCAAGCAGAGUAAUGGGAGGUGACCACAUUAACGUUACCUGCACUGUCCUCGGGGAGCCUGAGGUGGAGGUGGACUUCACUUGGACCUAUCCUGGACAGGACCAAAGACCUGUGGUCAUUAAACAAGCCUGGAGGUUAAUAAACAGAGGAAUGGGGCACACCACACGGAUUUCUCAAAGUGUGAUUACUGUUGAAGAUGCUGAAACCAUUGACUUUGGAAACUACGUCUGCACAGCCAAAAACCUUCAAGGACAGACCUCUGUGGCUGCCCGUGUGGACUCCUAUUAAUUGCUUUGGUAUGGCGACAACAAAAAGAAGAUUUUCUCCUCUCUGUACUCCCAGGCAAUGCUGCCUGUUGUUAAUUGCCAGCACUGCAUCUCUUAAAAGGAACUACAGCUUUACAGCAAAUAGCAACUAAUGCAUUUACAGUUUAUAACUUUCAGAUUUAAAAAAAAAAAUAAAAAAAUAAAUGCUGAAUUGCAUAAAGAAAUAAGCUGUUGCAGAAAUUCCUAAACAGUUGUAUUAGCUGUCAAUUAUGAGGAAAGAAAAUGACCAAAGGAAACCUGACAGUUUUAUUAACAUCGGUUUCCUGUGGUUUACUAAAUCUUAACAUGUCAUUAAACCAUUUAAACACAAAAGCUCUAAAAAAAAAAUGUAUUCCAAUGAAUGAAAUGACCUAUAAUAAGAUAAACCAUAUUUCUCUUCUGCUGAAUCAUCUUUCAAACUGGGAUUUUACUUUUCCAGCAAAGUUGGAGCAUAGUUGGUCAUACAUUGUUACAAUCAACCAACAGCUACAUCACAUUUUAAGCAUCACAACUAAGUUACCAGCUAUUCUACAUUAAUGAAUCCACAACAGGGUUUUAUAUACAUGCACUGUGUAGCUAAGUAAAAUAUCCAGGUACAGAUCAUUGUGUAAUAAUGUCAUAUCAAUGCAUGUUACCCUUUUAGGUGGUGGUAAUCCAUUUGAUGAUUGUUUUAGUUUAAAAAUUGUCUUUUUUGUGAUUGUUCUUUCUUAAGUGCUCAUCACAAUUUAUUUUUUUUUAUUUUUUUUUUUAAAUUGUAUUAUUUUAUAAUAGGGGUAAUUUGGCAAGCUGCCUUUUGCAUAUGGGUUGUAGAAUAAAAGCAGGGGCAAAAUAUGCAUAGUUGCACAAGCAUGUAUUUAUAUAAAUAUAAUAAAUGGUUUCUGGCUGAUCUGUUUUAGGCGUGUGCCUUGUGCUAAGUGGUUCCUUAUGUGGAAUGCACACAAAAACAUUCUGUGUUUCAUAUUAGCGGGUUUACUGGCUUUCUUCCUAUUCAUACAAAAUGCAGCAUUUAGCUUUCUAAGCUGGUGCUUUGUGAGGACAUUAGAACUUGUCUUCAAUGUAUCUACAUCUGUAACUCUGCAAACAUGUGGUGACAGUAAUUACAAAACUUAGUAGCUAUAUCUAUUGUUCUUAAGGUUUUAAAAAAGUGAAAUGUCUACAAAUAUAAAGAGCUGUUCCUCAAAA